CGAACACAUCAGAAUCAUACACGUCUACUUGAAUUUGUAUACGGUGACAGCAUAAACCUCCUCGCAUGGUUUGGAAUCGAGCAACGAACUCAACAAAGCAAUCACAUUUCUGACCUCUUUCUUUCCCUUACUCUCUUCAAACAAUGAACAGGGUAAUAAAGAAGACUGUUUCAAAUGUCUGUGCACUGAAAAUUCCAAGGAAGUAUUUUUGUUCUUCUGAGGUUAUGAAAGUUGAUGGUUCCACUAGUAUAUUACCUUCCAAUGAGCAUGAGAAGAAGCCAAUUAUUAACAAAAUUAUUCCAGAAUAUGAUAUUGCUAUUGUUGGAGGAGGCAUGGUUGGCAUGGCUUUAGCUUGUUUCUUAGCUAGUACGCCGAUGACAAAGCAGUUGAGUGUGGCGAUUAUUGACAGCAAUCCAGCUCUAGGUAGUGGCUUGUGUAUCAAAAAGGAAGACCCCCCUGAUCCUAGAGUCAGUACAGUAACUCCUGCUUCUAUAUCAUAUCUCCAAGAUGCUGGUGCUUGGAAAUAUGUUGAGCAAAAUAGACAUGCUUAUUUUAAAAAAAUGCAGGUCUGGGAUUAUACUGGUUUUGGGUAUGCUAGAUAUGAUUCAAGAGAUGUAAAUAAAGACUUUCUAGGGUGUGUAGCAGAGAAUAAAGUGCUUCAUAGUGCCUUAUUGUCAUGCAUAAAGGAUUCUGAUUUCAAGACAACAUUUUAUCCAUUGAAGUUAACUUCGAUGAAUUUGAAUUCAAACUCUAUGUCUAAGGUGGAGGAGAAUUCACCAUCCAAAGAACCAUUAUCCGCUCAAGGUCAUAGUUCAAAGCUGCAACUUAGUGAUGGCAGUAACAUAUAUGCCAAGUUGGUGGUUGGAGCUGAUGGAGGAAAAUCACGUGUUAGGGAAUUAGCAGGAUUCAAAACAACUGGAUGGAAUUACUCUCAGAAUGCAAUAAUCUGCACGGUUGAGCAUACUUCCGAUAAUCAUUGUGCAUGGCAACGGUUUCUACCUACAGGUCCAAUUGCACUUCUACCCAUGGGUGACAAAUUUAGCAAUAUUGUUUGGACGAUGAGUCCAACAGACUCCAAGAACCGCACAUCAAUCACCGAGGAAAUGUUUUUGAAGGAUGUGAAUUCUGCUCUAGAUUAUGGAUAUGGACCUCAUCCUACGUCAAGCUCAUUAGGAACUCGAGACAUGUUUUCUUGGCUUAAAAUGGAUGCAAGUUUAUCAGCUAAUGAAUUCUUUGAAAUUCCUCCAAAAGCAAUAAGAUUGGCAUCUGAAAGGAUGGUGUUUCCUCUUUCUUUAAGGCAUGCAAAUUCCUAUGCAUCGAAACAUGUAGUUCUAAUAGGAGAUGCAGCUCACACGAUCCAUCCUCUUGCUGGUCAAGGGGUUAAUUUGGGUUUUGGAGAUGCAUUUACUCUAUCAAGAAUUAUUGCAGAGGGAGUUGCUUUGGGAUCUGAUAUUGGAGAGGUAAAUUUAUUAAAGAAGUACGAAGCGGAGAGGAAACCAGCAAAUGUUACAAUGAUGGCGAUACUUGAUGGCUUCCAAAAAGCUUACUCAAUUGAUUUUGGACCAUUAAAUUUUCUGCGAGCUGCAGCCUUCAAUGGUGCAAACCAUAUAUCACCCCUCAAGAGAAGCAUAAUUUCUUAUGCUUCAGGGGAGAAUAAAUUGCCCAUUUUCUUCUAAACAGAGAAAUUCCAAUAUAAAGUCAUUGCUUGACUGCAUUUUGCAUAUGGCGAAUUCUUUUUUAUGUUGCUAUUAUGCAUCGAUCAAAAUAAGUUUUGGCCAAAGGUUCAGCAACACUGGUUCUUUUUUUUUUUUUCCUUGUUUAGUUUUUGUGCAACAAUAGAUGGAAGUUUGUUAGUCUUUUUGUCA